GUCAUCCGUGGCUGAUGCGCGCAACCGGCGCCGCGCUCGAUCCAAGGACUGGUGUCGGCAUGGAAAUGGGCUAUAAUUGUUGACCUCCUUCCCGUCCUGUCCUGUCCUGUUCCAUCCAUCUCCCGGCGUGUUUCUGGCCGCUCUGCCCCUUCAUGUACGAGCCUCACGUCCUGCGAAUCCAGUUGUCCGUCUCACCGUUGCCCUCACCCGCCACAUUCCCACUACUAUCCGUCUCGCCCAGAGUCGCAGCGGCUGCCAUGGUCCCCAACACCGCCGUGCAGAUUCCUGUGGCGAAGCUCCUCAGCAGCCGGAGCCAUGUCGUCCCCGGACAACUGCUCGUCACGGAGCUCUUCUUCGAAGUGCCGCUUGAUUACGAGAACCCCUCUGCCGGCACGAUAAACCUCUUCGCCCGCCGUGCCAACAAGCGCGAGGUGCCCAUCUUCCCUCCCGAUGCGGAUGGCGACGACAAGAAGCAGGAUGCCACGCUGAAGCCAUAUAUGGUUUACCUCGAAGGUGGUCCCGGUUUCGGGAACCGGGAGCCCCAGGACCACCCCGUCACACGCACCGCCCUAUCCAGGGGCUACCAGAUGCUCUUCAUUGACCACCGCGGCGUCGGCAUGAGCACGCCCGUCUCCGCCGCUAUGCUCGCCACGGUGGGCGACGCCGACGCUCAAGCGCGAUACCUCGCCCUCAUGCGCCAGGACAAUACGGUGCGCGACUGCGAGGCGGUCCGCAAGUGCCUCACCGAGGGCUGGCCCGAGGCCAAAGCUGCCUGGUCCACGUUCGGCCAGUCCUACGGUGGCUUCGUCACGCUAUCAUACCUCUCCAUGCAUCCCGAGGGCUUGCGCGAGGCUUUCCUGACCGGCGGCCUCGCUCCCGUCGGGAAGACGCCCGAACAGGUGUACGGCGCCACGUUCCGCAAGACCGCUGAGCGCAACGAACAGUACUUUACCAAGUUUCCCGAGGAUGUCGACGUGCUGCGUCAGCUCGCUGCUUACAUCGAGAGCCAGGGCGGCGUCGCCCUUCCCUCCGGCGGCACACUAACGGUACCCCGUCUGCUGACCAUUGGCAUCGCCUUUGGCGGCCAUGGCGGCUUCGACAACGUUCACACCAUCCUCAUCCACUUGAAGGCGUCCCUAGACCAGUUUGGGUUCUUCACCCGGGCAGCGCUGCAACCCCUCGAGACCUUUACCCCCCUAGACACGAAUAUCAUAUACGCCAUCCUUCACGAAGCCAUUUACUGUGACGGCAUUCCUUCCGACUGGGCCGCCUACCGCGUCGGCAAGGCGCUCAAGGAGUUCUCGUGGCUCAACCCGGGGCACGUCUGCGCGACAUCUGCGGAGCCGCUAUUCUUCUCUGGAGAGAUGAUUUUUCCGCUUCAUUUUGAGACCUACCCCGAGUUACAGUCUCUGCGUGAUGUGGCAGAGAAGCUCGCCAAGAAAACAGACUGGCCACACCUCUACGACCAAGAGCGUCUGCGCAAUAACAAGGUCCCCGUGUACGCCGCGUCGUAUGUGGAGGACAUGUACGUGGAGUGCAACCUUGCCAGGGACACUGCCAAGCUGGUCAAGGGCAUCAAGGUCUUUGAGACCAAUGUCGUGUAUCACAACGGUGUGCGGGCCAAGUCCGACGAAGUUCUUCAGCAACUCUUCAGCUUGAGGGACGACGUCCUGGAUUAGACGAGCACUGAUGAUGUAGACAGCGAAAGCGGAGCGGGAGAACCCCUGUCGCGUCAUUUUACCCUGCCAGCCAAGGUCGGUUUGUGAAACAACAGCACUGCCAGGGGUGGUGGCUCAACGACAUGGUGGAUUGACAGUCCGGUGCUCCCCUCUCGCUGUCUCCUCUUAUUCCACCUCCAUCUCUGCCUGUAAUUGAAUCUCUGCAACAUCUGUAAGCGGUGUGUAUCCAGCCAGAUAAGGAGCCUGCACUCACGCCAGAGCCGGUUGGCUGCGGUAGUGAUGAUCUCGGCCUUUGCCAGUAAUUUUUCCUCCAGCUUAUCGUCGUUUCUUCCCUUUAAGCGUAUCUUGUUGGGCUGUGCCUGUUUCAGGGUCAGCAGCCAAGCGCAUCACGACUGAUUGUCGCCGGCAAAAUUGACGCACCUGCAUGAGCACGGGGAGCAAUUCUUUGGGG